AGAAGAAGAAAGAGGAGAAGGUUGAUAUGAUAUUCACGUCCAAGGGAGACCUCACCGGGACGGGACAGGUGUACAUCAUAGUAUAGAUAAUGCUCAGACAUGGUGCCUUGUCAGACCCAUGUGUUGCUGAAGUGGCAGGAGCACUUCAAUAGCUCCUGGGCGGCAGAAGACAGUGUACAGACAGCCAGGAGGCAUGGAGCUGCUGUGCUCUACAACAAGCUCCUUAACAACAAGGAAGUGGUGACUCUGGCACAACCUGUGCAAGAACUCGUCGGCCCACGCCUGCCCGACUUCGAGUGCGAGUCCAGCGCUUUGGCGGAGAAGGAAGAGUACCUGUCAUCCCUGCUUCACAGCCAGCGAUGGCUGGCUCACCGGAUGCUGACGCAAACCGCCUACACCUUGGGCCUCCACCAAAGGCUGGUAGUUCUCCAGAGGAUCUACUACGCACUUCAUAGCAAAUAUCAUGACAAAUUCCACGUGCAGUUGCACUCCCAGUCCACAGACAGUGGCACAGAAUGUGGGCAACUUGAGCUGGCCUCAGAGCCCUUCCUGCCAGGGGGAGCAUCCAAAGUCAAGUCGGGUACAGAUGUUCUGAUAGAGAUGGGUGUGAGGACUGGUUUGAGUCUGCUCUUCUCCUUACUGCAGCAGAACUGGAGAUACGCAGCCUCCGUGCAUCCGGAGUCGGUGCUUUGCAAUGACGUUCUUGCCACAGCGUCCUCUGUGCUGACUUCUCUGCCACCGCUCUCUCUGGCCAAUGAGAAUAAGAUCCCGUCAGUUGGGCUUGACUGCCUGGCGCAGGUGGCAGACUUCCUGAAGAAGACAUCAGUGAGCAGCGGGACGGGUGGGGCAGACCCGACCGGUCGGAGGUUAGCUCUGGAGCUGCUGCUUGGCCUGGCCAUGCAGAGAGGCUCUCUAAAGUUUCUGCUGGAGUGGGUGGAGGUAGCCUUGGCUGCUUCUAUGCCCUCAUCCACCUCUACACUGUCUUCCUCCUCCUCACUGAGCUCCCAGUACUCAGCUGGUGUGGGCUUUGAAGUCAUCCAUCAAACGCUUCUCCAAAUGAAGCAAUAUUCGGGUUUCCGCGGGGACUCCGUAAACACUCAGGUGCUUAAGAAGGAUGCAGAUGGACUUUGUCGACUCUCCCAGGCAGCUCUCUGCCUGUUUGAGGAGAUUUGCAACCUAGCGUCCUACUGCCUGUGCUCCUGCAGCACUGAUGCAGCUGCUCCUGGUUCAGAGGGUGACACAGUAAUGGUGUAUGUGUGGGGCAGCAACAGCAGCCACCAGCUGGCAGAGGGAACUCUGGAGAAGAUCCUGCUGCCAAAGCUGACACAGGGCUUCAGUGAUGCCCAAAUGAUUGAGGCAGGCCAGUACUGUACCUUCUCAGUGUCUGCAGAUGGUUCGGUGAAAGCGUGUGGAAAAGGCAGCUAUGGCCGUCUGGGCCUGGGGGACUCCAACAACCAGUCCAUGCCCAAGAAGCUUGUGCUGGAGCCCCAUCGGAACAUGAAGAAGGUGUCCUCCUCUAAGGGCUCAGAUGGUCACACUUUGGCCAUCACUGUAGAGGGAGAGGUGUUCAGCUGGGGUGAUGGAGAAUACGGGAAACUGGGCCAUGGCAACAGUGCUACACAGAAAUACCCCAAAAUCAUACAAGGACCGCUGAUUGGCAAAGUUGUCGUUUGCGUGUCUGCUGGCUACAGACACAGUGCUGCUGUGACAAACGAUGGAGAGCUUUAUACCUGGGGAGAAGGCGACUUUGGCAGACUUGGUCACAGUGACAGUCAGAGUCGGAACGUGCCCACGCUAGUGAAGGACAUCAGUGGUGUAGGGCAGGUGGCCUGUGGCAGCUCUCACACCAUUGCUGUGGCGCAGGACGGACGCACUGUGUGGUCCUUUGGGGGAGGGGACAAUGGUAAGCUAGGCCAUGGAGACACCAAUCGUGUGUAUCGCCCCAAGGUCAUAGAGACCCUGCAUGGAUUCAUCAUCAGGAAAGUGUGUGCAGGCAGCCAGUCGUCUCUGGCCCUUACCUCUGCAGGACAGGUGUUUGCGUGGGGCUGUGGCUCGUGUUUGGGAUCUGGCUCCUCUGAGACAACGUCUCUGAGACCCAGGUUCAUAGAAGACCUGAGUAUCACCAAGAUCAUCGAUAUCUCAUGUGGAGACAGCCACUGUCUGGCUCUGACGCACGAGAAUGAAGUGUACGCCUGGGGGAACAACACCAUGGGCCAGUGUGGCCAAGGCCACACUUCGACACCAAUUACCAAACCCAAAAAAGUGCUAGGUCUGGAGGGGGUGUCGAUCCAGCAAAUCACCGCUGGCACUUCUCACAGCCUGGCUUGGACUGCAGUUCCAACAGACAGACAACUAGUGGCGUGGCACAGGCCCUUCUGUGUCGACUUGGAAGAGAGCACAUUCACCUACCUGCGCAACUUCCUAGAGAGUUACUGUGACGGCAUCGGGGAUGACACACCCCCUGCCCCAUUCUUAUCUAAAAGGGACCACCAUCAGUUUCUUUUGCUGUGCAUGAAGCUGCUGUCCAUCCACUUGUCCUUGGCCCAUGCUGGGGGCACGGGUGCCAUGGUUUUGGGGGCUCAGGGCAGACCCCUCAGAAACUUGCUCUUCCGGCUCAUAGACACCAAUAUGCCAGAGUCCAUACAACAGGCAGUUCUGAACACACUGUCCAUCGGUGCGUCCCUGCUGCUUCCUCCACUGAGGGAAAGAACAGAACUGCUCCUGUCCCUCCUUCCUCAGGGCCCCCAGAGCUUGAAUGUCCUCUCCAAAGGACAGCGCCUGCAGUUAGACAUGGUCCUCAGCAGCCUUCAGGAUCAGAGCCAUGUAGCUUCUCUACUAGGUUACAGCAAUUUUGGGGAGGUGACAGCGCUGGGACCCCCUCUGACACCCGCCAUGUCGGUCCGGCCGCCCUCCUCAUCCAGCUCUAUUGAUUCCUACGACCCUCUGCACUUAGCAGAGGUGCUGCUCAGAACCCUGCUCCUCAGUAUAGGCUUCUACACGGAGCGGGCGUUUGGGGAAUUGGAGAAAAACAGUGACAAGCAGCUAUGGAGUGAUGGCCAGGGACAGACUGACCCUCCCUGUCACUUCCACCAGCUGCUGUCCGGACUUCACAAACACCUGCUGGGCCAUUGCUACAUCCAUUCAAGCCCUGAGGAUGACAGCAGUGUAACGCUGCUUCGUGAGCAUCUCUACCUGCUGCUGCCCUGUGCCGCUGAGACACUCAGGAGAUCCACCAAACUGUUGAAGGAGAGUUCCCUGGAUAAACAAAUAAUCAAGAAGCUGCACGUGGUGUUGUACAACUCAGUGGCUGGCAGCCUCCUGUGCCAAGUAAUGUACUCCUUGCUGCUGCUGCCCCUCGGCACAGUCCAACCCCUCCUGAGCCAUUUACUGGCCCUGUUGGAACAACUCAAUGAUUUCAACAGGUUCAUACCAGAGACGAGCCUCCUGGAGGAACAAGAGCUGGGCAUGGAGGCUCAGAAAACAUGUUUGGAUAAAAUUGAAGAAAGCACAUGCCUUGGACAGCAGCAGCAGCAGCAGCAGCAGGACGAGGAGAGCAAGUGGGUUUGGCUGUUGGAUCUGGAGCGGUCUGUGGCGUUGGCAGUCGGCCGUUGCCUCGGUGGUAUGCUGCAAGGCCCGCCGCCCUCUCUUCAGGAGAAAAUGUCAGAGUUCUGGCUAUCAAAUGUCCUGCUCAGGAACGGGCUUGAGAUGGACUUUGAACAGCUGGAUUCCAGCAUGGCAUGGCUGACUGAGGUGGUUCUGUUGGGCAGUAGCGAUGCCAGGCUGGCCGAGCUCAGUCUGAACGAGGAAACCAGGACUUUACUGGAACUGGCGCUGGGAUCCUCCAGAGGACCUGCAGGUGGCAUGUGGCAGAAUAUGGAGCAGUAUGCUCACAGCAAAGAAUGGGAGAGUGGAGGUUCUUCCGCCGAUUGUUUGCUGCAGACUGUCUGUCGCUGCAGUCUGGCCGCUCUGCUGAAGCACACUGGACUGCAGAAAGAGGCCUGUUGGCAGGACAGAUAUGAGUCCUGUGAGAUGCUGUUGAACGUCUAUGAAACGGUUUAUAAAAUCAGAAGCACUCUGUUGGCCUAUAAAAACUCUCCAAGGAUGACACAGGUGCAGACUGCUGUCAAACAGACUCAAUCUCCCCAAAGUCCUGAUGCAGACCGGCAAGAGCCAGGCGUCUCAGUGGAGCAAGUGGGGAAGGAUCAUGAGCAGCAGUCAGGAGGUCACUGCAGCCGUGAGGUGCAGGUUCCCCCUCCCCCCACAGCAAACCACAACCAGGAAGAGGUUGCAGAGGAGGACACAUUUGGAAACAGUCAAGUACUAGAAUCAUUCAUGGCCACCCGGGAAGCCAUGCAAGUACAGCAGAACGUGACCGUGUACGAAUCCUUUGGCACUUCCACCCUCCCCAGCAGCAUGGAGAGCCCAGUCAGCCCAGAGAGGGAUCUGGAUCCCAAGCAGCAGUGGGAGAAGCAGAGGGAAUCUGAGGAAAGCUUGGGUUUCCCUGACGCCUGCCAUCUGGUAGUGUCCCGCUGUCUCUUCCUCCUGCUCGGGGUCAGGCCUGCUUGUGUGGAACCUAACGACAGGGAGCCUACGAACCCUGCAGCGAGGAAAUCAACAGCAGAACUCCUAAUGAUGGCUGCUGAUGGCCGAAAACAGUCUGAGCAAUCCAAAAACUCUUUGGGAUCUUCCAAGAAUAAGAUGGGCUUACCUCUGUGUACUCUGGGCGUCAUGAAAGAUGCUUGGGAUCGCCUGCGCCAGUGUAUCAGCCCGACCACCUCGACCCACUACGGCAGCAACACUUUGCCCAUUCUUAACCAGGUGUUCCACUUCGUCUGUGGAAGCCUGUCAUCCUCCUCACCAACAUUGCCGGGUGGACAGACUUGUAGUCAGGCCGAUCCGAAGGCCAUUACUUUCGCUAUACUGCAGCAGCAACAGAGGGCGGAGUUGCGUCUGGAGGCCUUGUGUCAGAUGGCGUCCUUCCUGUCUAAGAUGGAGGAGAAGAGCGGCGGGUUCCCCGUCUCCCCUCAGUUUCCUGCAUUGUUGCCGUCUGUGCAGCUUCAGUUCCUCUCUGGAUGCUUCGCUCUGGGAACACAAAUCAUCGGCGCUCACUCCGGAGCUAAUUAUGAGAUGCAGCAUUACAUGUCUGGGACACGUUCAGCUUCUCUGGAUACGCAAAGAGAGCUCCAAUCUGCAGCCCACACCUUCUACCAGCAGGUGGUGCGCGUCCUCAAACAGAGGGUGCUGUUGGAAAGAGACCACCCAGGUUCCUGCCAGCACCUUCUCCUCGCCACAAUGUUUGCACUGAAUUUCUGCUACCAACCAGUGGACCUUGUGCUGGUCAUCAAAUGUGGCAUCCUGGAAAUCCUUUCCAUGCUGACCAACAACAGCUGUGCACUGAUGAACCAAGGCUGGUUUGCAGCCUCUAAAUCUGGAUCCAUGGUGCUGCACGGGGCCGUCAGACUGGCCUGCGCCCGCCUGCUUCAGAUUCUGACUGUGGCUGCGAGCUCCUGUGAGGAUUCACUGCCUAUGGAUGUAUCCCAGGCUCUAAUGGAAGUGAUGUGUGAGCAGCUCCAAAAUAUGCUGUGCACUUUCCACCAGCAGCAGACGGCCGAGAGAGGAACGGCCGAGAGAUCGGAGCUGGACUCUGUCAGCAAGAGCGCAAAUCUAAAUGGAGUGGAAAGCAGCAAAGUGGUUGAAUCUCAGCUGGCAGACUUCCUGGUGUUUCUGCGACGCGUGCUGUCAUUAAGAGUAAUGAAAAGACUUUCUACUUUCGUCAAAUGGAUUGAGCCACUCAUGAUCAUUAUUUCACACAAGUGCUCAGGAUCUCCGAGCUUCCAGAACCUUCGCACUAAGCUUUUGGCCUUCCAUGUUUUAGAAAGACUGUUACCUGCUUGUUCUGAUCCUGUUCAAAUGCAACAGAUCGUUAAACAACUCUUUCAGCUGAUGUCUGUUUAUAUGUGGAAGGAACCAUUAGCUGAGAAGAACCGCGAGGAGACGGCUGAAAAGGACAAGGGGAAUCCUGGCAGCUAUGACGAAUGUAUUCCCAUUGGAGAUUUUUCCUUUGACCCACACAAGCUAAUCUGCUGUUCUUUGGAGAGUGGGAACAUCCUCUCUCAUGGUUCAGGAGGGAAAGGUUACGGCCUGGCAACCACUGCCAUCACAUCUGGCUAUUUCAUUUGGAAGUUCUACAUCACCAAAGAGAACAGAGGCAACGAGGGCACGUGUAUUGGCGUUUCCCGCUGGCCAGUCAGAGAUCACAACCACCACACUACGACUGACAUGUGGCUGUAUCGGGCCUAUAGUGGCAACCUGUACCAUGGAGGGGAACUGGUGCGCACGCUUCCUUCCUUCACCCAGGGUGACACCAUCACCUGCUUCCUGGACAUGGAAGCUCACACCAUCUCAUUUGCUAAGAAUGACAAGGACCCAAAGUUGGCAUUUGAAGGUGUGGUUGCCUCUGAACUGUACCCCUGUGUGUUGUUCUACAGCAGUAAUCCUGGAGAGAAGGUGACCCUGCGUGACCUCCAGAUGCGAGGCAUGCCCAGUAAUCUACUUCCCGGGGAGCCUCUCUGCAGCCCUCGGUCCACGGUGUUGCUGGAGUCAACGGUGCAGCUCCUCCGUAGGCUCCAUCAGUGUGACCAGUGGGCCUCGCACAUCAACCAGUACAUCCACACUCACCUGGAGCUCAUUGGUCCCCUGCUGAAAGACGACGAGUUGGGAAGCUUCACUCCAGGCCUCAGUCCCCCACUCUUUGAUAAGGAGGAGAGUGAAAGAGACCGAGACGUUGCUGGAGACGACGCGGGGGAGUUGUCGGCACAUUGUCGGUCCCUGUCGGAGGCAAAGCUGGCCGCUCUUUGCACCGAGGUGUGGCCGGUGCUGGCCCUGAUCGGAGGAGUGGACAGCGGACUGCGGGCUGGAGGUCUGUGCCUGCACAAGCCCAGUGGGCGCAGAGCCAUUCUGCUUGGAGUCCUGAAAGAAGGAAGCUCCUCGGCCAAGCUUCAGUGGGAGGAGGCAGACCUGUCUGUCAGCUCCAUGAAUUCUUGGUCACCCAGCGACACGCCGAUCACCUCACUGGAACCCUGCAACAUAUCCUGCUGCGAUGUCGCCCCGCUCGGAGGCCUCAAACCGAAGGUGUUGCUCGACCUGAUUUAUUUGAUGGGGCUGCUGGAGGAGCAGGGAUGGGUGGGGACUCAUCCGGCCUCCAACCCCAAAAGGAAAUACUCUGAGGAGAACACGAAAGACAGUGAGAUGCAGUGCAGUGUCGAGACGGAUCCCUUCCCAUCAUCGUCCUCAACCAAAGAUGCCACAAAGACCGUUGACCAUCAGGAGUUGGCCCAACCUCCCCAAACAUCCCAAAGCUCCAAAGUGGAUAUCUUUGCACAUGAACUGAGAGCCAUUAGAGUCUCAUACCUUCUCAUUGGAGCUUUGAAAUCCCUGACUGUCAUUUUUAGUUGUGAGAAGCUUUCCGAUUUGCUCCUAGUGCCUAAACAUGACCCUCCCAACUCCUCCAAGAGUCCCCUUUCGAGCCCAAACCCCGACCAGGCCAAGGCCAGCAGCAAACAGUGGGAUGAGAGUGCUGAGCUGAGAUCGGUGCUGCAGUAUGUGGUGCAGAGCAUGGUGAAGUGGGCGGUCCGGCCCUGCCCCAUCAAACAGAGCGUGUCUCUUGUCGACCUGGAAAGGGCUCAGGUCAUGAUCUACAAAGGAGCUCUUAGCAGACUGCACGAGGACAAAGAACACAAAGAAUCUGGCCACCACUCGUCCUCGCAGCCCAUUUCCAAGUCCUCCAGCUCGGUGUCCUUGUACAGUGCGGGCUCUGAAGGCACUGCCAUCUUCGGCCAAUCAAACCGAGCCUCCGCCUCAUCCUCGAACACUGACUUGGCAUCUUCUCUGCCAGCAAACCUGCAGACAGAUGGCCUUGAUAAUUUCAACCCUUUCUUCCCCAUCAGCCUCCUCCAGCACAUGGUGUUAACUCGGUUCCCCACGCUUACCGGCCUGGUUAGCGCUCCCCCCGUGCUGCACCCGUGCUUCAGCCUGGCCAGCUCCGCUUCCUGUGAUGCCUUCACAGAGCAGCAGACCAGCUUCAUGGAACCAGGUCCCUGCAGCACGCAGGCCAGAAGCAGCCUGGAACGGACACAAAUGUUUGUCACCAGUCGGUUGCUAGAAAUGGGAUUCUCUAUGAGACAUAUCUACUGGGCCAUGGAGGCAGCAGAUGUAGCAGGUGACUUGGACUCUCAAACCAUCGAGGUGUUGGCCAGCUGGAUGCUAGAGCACCCCCUGACGGAGGAGCAGCAGGCAGGAGAGACAUCCAGACCGGAGGGUGCUCCUGAGACGCCGUCGCCAGAUGGGCCGGAGACGGUGCAAUGUCCCGAGCGGGCCACCAGUCAACUCAAUGAAAGUCUGUUGCCAGGGCUCGACUGGAUAGAGAGGGAGAACUUCUUAGACGUCCACCUGACCAGGAACAGACCUCCUCCAGCACGCCGGCGACGCUCAGGCCCGAGCCAGAGGACCUCUUUUCGACGGGCAGCAAACACCAUCUUUUCAGACUUGCCAUCACCCAACCCCCUCCCGCAGCUGUACCAGCAGCACACAUCGGUCAGCGAUUGGCCAGAGCAGGUGGAGUUUCAUCCGUACUCCACUGAGGAGUCAGAGCUGGGCUACAUGGACGACCCGAACCAUGAAGAAACCUACGAGGACCUGCUCACCCUCUCUUUCUUCAGCUUGGAGAGAGACACGCUCCAGAUAGUAGAGGCCGGAGAAGAACACAGUCAGAUGGUGAAGUGUGAGCUGUGCAACACUCUUACCCUGCAAUUCAACAACCACAUAAAGCGCCGUCACCCAGGUUGCGGUCAGAGUGCUGCACGCAAGGGCUACGACAGCACCGGGGCCUACGUGGAUGUCUGGUUCAAAGGGGAGUGUGGCUCCAACUUCCCCUUCUACCUCCUCUGCAGCUCCUGCAGGGAAAAGUAUCUGGCUGCAAACUUGAGCGACCCAAGUUCUAAAUAUGAAAGGAUUAAAGGUCUGACAUCUGAUUUGAUUGGCCAGUUGGACAGCACUUCUGAUGAUGAUUGGGAAAUGAGCCACCAAGACGAGUGUGACACAGACAAGUUGACCGGACUGGAGGACUUUGGGCUUUUGCUGCGACCACUGGGGCUGACGGAGAAGAAGCUGGUGCCAGACCCCAUUGCCUUCACUGAGCCGGAUCCCCUCGGAGCCCUCGUUUACAGCUCAGCUGACCCCAGGAGAGCAGUAGCUACCAAAGGGAAUGCUCUUGUUGAGCAGAAGACCUCUCUGAGCCUUGGACAGCAGGCAGUAUCACUCAGGGACUCUCAUGAUAGACUAAAAGCUUUAAGAAGAGUCACCUCCACAGCCCAGAUUCUGCUAGCGUACAGCAUGGUGAUGAGAGCACUGUCUCAAACUGCCUCCAGUGCGUCAGUGUGCAGCCACUCUAACGGACUCGAGUCCUUGGGUCUGGCAGAUAUCCGUAUCCUGGUUCGGUUAAUGACUCUCGCAGCAGGGGGCAGGGCUCACACCUGUGUGGACAGAGAGUCAGGUAUGAAGGGGCUGCCGACAGAGCGCAACAACUCCACCUGCCUCAGCUUUCUUACCUCAGCCAUCGGCGGUGUGGUGUCCCACAGCCCUACUGCUUACAGGCAGCUGGUGGAGAUAUGCACUCAGGACCUGAUGGCAGCAGCUACAGGGGUGAACAUUGGGGCCAUCAGCGACCCGCAGCAGAGAGAUUUUCUUAACUCCAGUCUAACCGCUGCCUCCCAGCAACAGAAGGACUACAAUGAGCAGAUGCCCCCUACGUUCCUGGUCACUCAAAAUCUAGUGUCCCUGCUCACUGAUAAGGGUGUUCACUGCUCCAGCCCAGAUAAGGCAGCGCACGAGGCUAAUGAUACAGGAAACCAAGGGGUGUCUUCUUCGUCCUUGCCUCCUUCCCCUUUACCCCACCUAAGUGCCAGAGUGGGUCCUCUGGAGCUGGCUAAUGCGCUGGCAGCAUGCGUCCUCUCUGCCAGGCUGACCAGUAAACAUCGCCAGUGGGCAGCGCAGCAGCUGGUGCAGGCUUUGGCUGCCACAGGAAGGGACGGUCCCAAUCGGCCACAAACAUACAGUGACCUGGCUGGAGACUUGCGCAAAAGUCCUCUGAAGAGGCUGGAAGGUCAUUACAACAACGUGACCAGCUGCUCCUGGAACAGUGACCAGAGUUUGCUGGCUACCUGCUCCCAGGACAAGGUGGUGCAGCUGUGGAGCCUCAGCCAGAACACUGUGGAGUUACAGACCACCUUCUCCUGCAUCACCAGUAAGACGGACAGAUCAAGCAGUGACAGGGCCAGUAGGUGUCAUCACAUGUCUCCUGUAUACUGGAGUACAGGGGGAAGCUUUCUGGCCGCCCCAGAGAACAAACACAUCAACAUCAUGAACAUAAGGGGAUCUCACUGUCACGUGGAGGCUCAGCUGUCUCGGAUCACAGCCCUCUGCUGGGCUCAGACCUUCAGUUUGUGGGUUCUUGACCAGCCGGCGGCCUGUAAGAACAGACCUGCUGAGAGCCUCUUGGUGGGCCGGCUGGAUGGCUCCCUCUGCUGGCUGCAGGUCACAAUGCAGCAGAUAGACCUGAACGUAAAGAGCACCGAACUUACCCAUUGCCACAGGAAAGAGGCUCCCCAGUGUGUCGCGUGGCACAGCGAGGACAAGCCUUUCGCAGUGGGCUACCCCAACGGAAAGAUCCUUUUGGCCACAACUGAGAUCUAUGAGAAUGAGCAGCCUUUAAUUCUUCCAGUCUUCCAGGACGGUGUAAGUUCUCUUAAAUGGGACCCCACAGGACACUUGCUGCUCUGCUUGGGGAGGUCAGAGGUCGUAAAGAUACUGGGACGCUCUGGCGGCACCUGGGUGACCCUCCACUCCCUCGCUCACACCAGCACCGUUAACAUCGCUCAAUGGUGCCCAGUCGCUGGCAGAGCACCUGAUCCCAGGCUCAUGGUGGCUGCCGGUUGUCAGAAUGGCACUGUGCAUGUCUGGACACUGCCACAGGGGGGUACUUUUGUGUCCUUGCCCAACAUACUGAACAGCUCCCUGGGCCAGGAUAAAAGCACUGACGUCAAGCAGGACAGUGCAAAGUGUGUGUUUGUACUUCAUGGCCACAUUACGGCAGUGAAGUCUCUUUCAUUUUGCUCCAGCGGACUGGCUCUGGUCUCUGGAGGGAUCGGGGGACUGCUCAACAUCUGGUCUUUACAGGAUGGUUCAGUCUUGCAGACAGUUACGGGUCUGGGUUCGGUCGUCAGUACCACCUGGAUACCAAACUUGGGUGUCGCUGCCUGCUUUGGGAGGUCAAAGGAUGUUUUGUUGAUCUGCUGCACCCCUGACUGGAUCGGUCAAAACCAUGUGCUCGCCUCCUGUCGCAUGGUCCUCAGAAGCCAGAACAUCCUGGGUCUAAAUCGGGCACCCUGUUUGGCCGUCUUCCUGGAGAGGCUGCCCUUGCUGUUGCAGGCGCAGUACAGCUAUGAGCGGACCCAUGUGGCAGCCGGUGACCAGCUAGUCCACAGUGCCUUCCUGCAGAGCCUGGCCUCCUUGACUGUUGGAUUGUCCUUAGAGAAACACCUGUGCCGUUACCCACGCCCUCCACACCACACAAGUCCUGAUGCCCACUGCUGCCCUUCAGAGUGGAGCUGGCUCGCCACUUACGCCACUACUGUCCGCAGCGCUGAGGCUAUUGCCAGCGGUACUGCCUUCCCAGAAUCCUUCAAUCUUUCAGAGUUUCAGGAGGUGGAUGUCGUUGAAAUCACCAAAGCACUAGACAAUAGUAAGUGGAGCUUCAGGAUGGAUGAACAGCUGAUGUCAUGGGCCACCAUCAGACCAGAGGACUGGCAACUAGGGGGGAAGAGUGAGGUGUACUUGUGGGGGAACGGACGUUAUGGGCAGCUGGCAGGAAUGGGAACCAACCUCAUGAUGCCGACUCUUGCACCCUCUCUGUUACAGACACAGCAGGUUGUGUGUGGACAGAACUGUUCCUUCCUGGUCCAGUCCAAUGGGACCGUACUGGCCGUAGGAGAAGGACAAUAUGGCAGACUGGGCCAGGGGAAUUCUGAUGAUCUAUAUGUCCCCACUAUCAUCUCUGCUUUUCAAGGAUAUGUGGUGACUCAGCUGGUGACGUCCUGUGGAUCCGAUGGACACUCCAUGGCCCUGACUGAGACUGGGGAGGUGUUCAGUUGGGGAGAUGGAGAUUUCGGAAAACUGGGCCACGGCAACAGUGAAAGGCAGAGGAGACCCAAACAGAUAGAGGCCUUACAAGGAGAAGAGGUCGUACAGCUUGCUUGUGGUUUCCGGCACUCAGCUGUAGUAACAGCAGACGGGAAACUGUUCACCUUCGGCAGUGGUGAGUCUGGUCGUCUGGGUCAAAGGUCAACAUCCAACAAGAUGCUGCCUGAAAGGGUUGCUGCUCUGGAGGGAUAUCAUGUGGGACAGGUGUCCUGUGGUCUCAACCACACACUGGUGCUGUCCCUGGAUGGCAUGCUUGUGUGGGCAUUUGGAGAUGGCGAUUAUGGCAAACUGGGAACAGGCUCCUCUACAGCUAAAUACUACCCUCAGAAAGUGGAGCAGCUUUGCAACAAGGGAAUUAAGAAGGUCAGUUGUGGAACUCAGUUCUCUGUGGCGUUGGCCUGUGAUGGACAUGUUUACACAUUUGGACAAGAGCGUCUGAUCGGCCUGCCGGACUCCAUGCUGAAGAAUAAAUCCUGCCCCCAGGUGGUGCCGUCUCUGGAGGGGCUGUUCAUAGAAGACAUUGCUAUGGGCUGUGAACAUGUGCUCGCCCUGUCCUCCACUGGAGACGUCUAUGCCUGGGGCUGCAACAGUGAGGGACAGCUUGGCCUUGGACAUUCCAACACAGUGAAGGAGCCCACGCUCAUAACAAGCCUCCAGGGGAAAAACAUAAGACAGAUCUCAGCUGGCCGCUGUCACAGCUCAGCAUGGACCACCCCCUCUACCUCGAUGAAAAACUCAGGUGGCUCUGGAAGUUUCCAGCUAGGCCUUCCCCAGUCAGUUCCUCCCCAGUACAACACUCUGAAAGACUGCAGCCCUGAUGUCCUCAGCAUGCGCCUCAGGGUACUCUACCACUUCUCUGACCUCAUGUACAAGUCCUGGAGGCUGCUCAACCUCGACACCAAGAAUCCGGUGUCCACGUCACGCUAUAGUUCAGGGACGUCAGCCAUCAUUCGGGGGGAUCUCAGAGGUCUUCUGUCGCCCAAGGUCAACACUCUGCCUCUAGUGCGCUCCAUCGGCAGAACUAUGACCCAGGGCAAAACAUACGGCCCACAGAUAACUGUGAAACGGAUUUCCACACGAGGGCGUUCGAGCAAGCCCAUCUUUGUGCAGAUCGCAAAGCAAGUGGUGAGCCUGAAUCCUCUGGAGCUGCGGCUUCCGUCACGAGCCUGGAAGGUCAAGCUUGUCGGAGAGGGAGCCGACGAUGCCGGAGGAGUGUUUGAUGACACCAUCACUGAGAUGUGCCAGGAGUUACAGUCUGGUGUGGUGGAACUCCUGAUUCAUACUCCCAACAGCUUUGCAGAUGUGGGCAGUAACACUGACAGGUUCCUGUUGAACCCAGCGGCACUCUCAGAGGAUCACAUGGUCCAGUUUCGCUUCCUGGGCAUCCUCAUGGCUGUGGCCAUCCGCACCAAGAAACCUCUGGACUUGCAUCUGGCUCCAUGGGUGUGGAAGCAGCUCUGCUCGAUGCCAUUGGGGGGGGCUGACCUGGAGGAGGUGGAUCUGCUCACCCACCGCACCCUCCAAGGCAUCCUUCACCUGGAAAACAGUGGAAUCACUGAGGAUAAUUUCCAUGUGAUGAUCCCACUAGACUCCUUAAUGGCCCACAGUGCAGAUGGAAGGCUGGUACCUAUAGUUCCCGGAGGUCAAAACAUCUCGCUGACCUUCGCCAACCGGACUGAAUAUGUGGAGCGAGCUCUACACUACAGGCUGCAUGAAAUGGAUUCACAGGUGGCAGCAGUCAGAGAGGGCAUGUCCACCAUCAUCCCUGUGCCCCUCCUCUCCCUGCUCACAGCACAGCAGCUGGAGCAGCUGGUCUGUGGCCUGCCAGAGGUCUCUGUUGAGAUGCUGAAGAAGCUGGUCCGUUACCGUGACAUCACGGAGAGCCACCAGCUCGUUGGCUGGUUUUGGCAGAGCUUGGAGGAGUUCACCAAUGAGGAGCGAGUGCUUUUCCUACGUUUCGUCUCUGGCCGGUCCAGGUUGCCUUCCAACCCCGCGGAUAUCACGCAGAAGUUCCAAAUCAUCAAGGUUGACCGGCCCGUCAACGGCCUCCCCACUGCACAGACCUGCUUCUUCCUGUUUCGCCUGCCGCCGUACACGAGCCAGGCCAUCCUUGCCGAGCGUCUGCGUUACUCCAUCCACAACUGUCCCUCCAUCGACAUGGACAACUACAUGCUGACCCACAACACCGACCCAGUGGACAGCUCCGACGCAGAUGACUGAAGCGGCCAAACUGCGGUCAGCCGGGUGAUGAAUGUAUCUUCUCCCAUGCCAUGCACAUUAUGCACUGAACACAGAUUUUUAUUCGCCAAACCUGUAAGGUAGUGUACCGUUUAUAUGUUGGUUAAUUUAAAGAUAUGUGUAGUUUUGGUUCUCUAACUGUGCAAGGUGUUGUAAUUAUUACAGUGCUUACUCUGAAUCAAAAACUACAGGGAUACAGAAUAAGAGUUUUUUUAAAUGUAGGUGAAUAAGCCACAAUAAAGAAGUUAAUGUGCCUGUUUGUUUGAAAAUAUGUAAUAAUUUAAUGACCUGUCCCACACAGGCAGUAUUAUUGUAAAAUAAAAGUGUUUAAAUAAGGA